AUGGCUGAAAAGCCCGUCGUCCUCCUAAUCGAGUCCAGCGUUCAGCACAUCGACCAUGCACGACGGCAAGCCCUAGCAGAAAAAGUCAACUUUCUGGUCUAUGACUGUGCAUCUGUCGACGAGUUCAUCAGUCGACUGCAACCAGGUGGCGUAUACUGCAAUAUCACCGCUAUCAUCCGAACAGGUUGGCUUAAAGCCGGGCCUUACGCAUCACACCUCGUUUUCACUAAAAAGGCCAUCCAGUCCUAUCCCCCAAGCCUGAAACUUAUCUGUUGUAGUGGGCACGGAUAUGAUGCAGCCGACAUCGAAGCAUUGACUGCGCGGGGCAUCUGGUAUUGCAAUACACCCAACGCAUGUACAGAGGCUGUCGCGAACACGGGGCUGGCUCUUGUGCUGGAGACAUUCCGGUAUCUGAGCUAUGCACAGUGGUGUGCCAGGUUUGAUUGGGAGAAGAGUCGAGAGCUUGGGACCAAAGCUGUCGAUCCGGCUGGUAUGGUAUUGGGGGUUAUUGGGAUGGGCGACAUUGGAAUCGCGAUUGCGCAAAAGUGCGAGGCUGCGCUGGGCAUGAAGAUAGCGUACCAUGGUCCACGAAGGAAGCCCGAUGCAGAGGCGAAGCUUAAGGGGGGCGCCCAUUACUACUUUGAUCUGCUCGAAAUGCUCGCCGUGAUUGACUGCCUGGUUGUCGCAGCGCCUUAUACUCCAAGCACACACCAUCUACUGUCGCAGCGCGAGUUUCGAGUUGCGAAGAGUUCGGGCCUCCGAGUAGUAAAUAUCGCUCGCGGUAAAAUCAUCGAUGAAGAGGCCCUGAUAUCUGCCAUGGAAGCAGGACAGGUCGUUGGGAUCGGGCUUGAUGUUCAUGAGAACGAGCCAAAAAUCCAUGACAAGCUAAGGGAGAACUGGAUGGUCACUUUGUUACCACAUAUUGCGGUGUGCUCGGGCACAAGCUGGGCCAAUUUUGAAGCAGGAAACUGGAUUCCCUACUUACAAUGCCUUCUCGAAGGGCCCUGUUCGUCAUCGACAUCCAGAACGAGCUUAUUGCCGAUCCCAAGACUUGCAUUCCUAGUCCUGAGCGGGUCAUUUAAGGCAUCCGAACAAAUCCUGAAGGCUGCUCGUUCAAUCCUUGACCUUGACUCGCACAAGGGUGGUAACUGCCCACCACCCUGGCUUAUUGUCUUCGUCCAGCAUGAGGAGUUUCCGCCCGAGGGGACUAUGGUGAGGGGCACCAAGCCUUGGGAGCUCUUCUUUCCCCCUCGCCCAAACCGGCAGGACGAGAUACUGGUGGAGAAGAGCACAGGAGACACUUUCGAGUCAAAUUGCGAUCUCGCGCCGGGGCUUCGCGAUAAUGAUAUCACUGAAAUCGUAGCAUUCGGCCUCCAAAGUGAUGGCUGCGUCGAGGCGACGUGCACGGGGGCGCUAGCCACUGGAUUUAGCGUGACCGUGCUCUCCGGCGCGCAUUCAACCUAUGAUAGCGAUAUGAAAAAGGCUGUGGAGAUUGAGCGUGAGGUUGAGCUUCGCCUGUCCGCCCGUGGCGCUCGUGUUGUUCCUUGGGAAAAGGGAAUCUCCAACUGGGCGGAUCUGCCGCAGAAUGUUUGA